ACGGAUUGGACUAUUGUGGUAUUCCUUCAUUUUUUCUUUAAAUGUAACACAAAUAAAACACCCAUCAUCCUUUGCGGCAGACACACCAACAUGGCAGCUUUGAACAAGGUUGUGUCAUGUCUGAGGACUGGCACAUGUGUGUUUCCAAAACGAGCAAUAGAUAUUCGCAAGUCGUUAUACAGCACAGAUAGCGGGGAGACAUCGGAAGGAAAAGCGGUGGAAGAAACGCAGAAACCAGCAGCCGACAAGGCGAAAAGUGGCUUCGCUGCAGCAUAUGAACAACACACAGACCUUCAGCAGAGGCAAGAUCAGACGGGAACUGCUGUCAGACUUGGGUCAACAAGAAAUGAAAAAUCAUUUGCGUCAUUGCUACGAAAUUCUCCUCUCAUGCAGAUGGGACCAGCAAAGGACAAAAUGGUAAUCGGGAAGAUCUUUCACAUAAUCAAAGACGAUUUAUACAUUGACUUUGGUGCCAAGUUCCAUUGUGUAUGUAAACGACCGACAGUGGAUGGAGAGAGGUACCAGAGGGGGAGCAGAGUACGUCUGCGUCUUGAGGACCUCGAGCUCACAUCUCGCUUCCUAGGUGGGAACACCGACACAACACUACUGGAAGCAGAUGCCUUUCUUCUUGGACUGAUCGAGAGCAAGGACGCAAAGAUCAAAGAGUAGAACAGCAUUGACUCCGACCCAUAGACCUGCCCCGGAAGAGGACAGUUUUUCUUGUUAAUGUCACUAUUCUCACAGUAUGGUAAUUUGUAACCGAGGUCUUGAACAAUAAAUGUAUCCAAAUAUA